GCGGCGCGAACCGCCCAGCUCCCGCGGCCGGGCUGGGCUCCGGACCUGCCGGCCCGCUGGUGGGGAAGGAGGCGGGCGGAUGGUCUGGCCUCCGAGGGGACGGGGCCUCCUCCUGUCUUGGGAGCUGGAGGCCUGUCUGCGCCAGGCUCGGCGCCCGCACGGAUGCCCGCACAGCGGCCGGGCUCAGGUGUGCCCGAGCCGGGCUUGGCCACAGCCCGCAGGCCGGUGCAGGGGAGAUGCGCUCGCCAUGCCUGCGAGCCGCCUGAGGUUGCUGCUCGCCCCAGCCACGCCUGCUCCGAGGCCGAGAGCCAGGAUGGCAUUAGCUCUGUGUCUGCAGGUGCUGUGCAGCCUGGGGGGCUGGCUCUCGCUCUACAUUUCUCUCUGCCGCCUGACUAAGCACCGAAGCUAUGAGUGGAGCUGCCGCCUGGUUACCUUCACCCAUGGAGUCCUCUCUAUAGGCCUCUCUGCUUAUAUUGGCUUCAUUGAUGGCCCUUGGCCUUUUACCCACCCAGGCUCACCUAAUACACCUCUCCAAGUGCACGUUCUGUGUCUCACCUUGGGCUACUUCAUCUUCGACUUGGGCUGGUGCAUCUACUUCCAGUCUGAGGGUGCCCUGAUGCUGGCUCACCACACACUGAGUAUCUUGGGCAUCAUCAUGGCCCUGGUGCUUGGAGAGUCAGGCACAGAGGUCAAUGCAGUCCUCUUUGGAAGUGAGAUUACCAACCCCUUGCUGCAGAUGCGCUGGUUUCUCCGUGAAACAGGGCACUACCACAGUUUCACUGGAGAUGUGGUGGACUUCCUCUUUGUGGCUCUGUUCACCGGAGUGAGGAUUGGCGUAGGAGCUCGCCUCCUUUACUGUGAAAUGGUCUCACCCAAGCCCAAGUGGUUUGUAAAGGUUGGGGGAGUAGCGAUGUAUGCUGUGUCUUGGUGUUUCAUGGUUAGCAUCUGGCGCUUUGCAUGGAGGAAAAGCAUCAAGAAGUACCAUGCCUGGAGAAGCAGGCGAAGUGAGGAGUGGCAGCGAAAAUGUAAUGGACAUGUCAAGACGCACUCGCCAAGGCUUGCUCCAGAUAAUGGAUUGGGUUAAGUCAGCCGUGGGAACCAGGUUGGAAAUAUGGCUGUUACGGAAUCACGCUUAUAACAAACUUAGGUUUCUAAAAAGGGCUAAAUGUCUUGAUCAGUUUGGUUGGUCUUCGAGUGCGGCACAUACCAGUAUUAAAACACUAACUUCUACCAUCGCACAGUUGUAGAAAGUGCGACUCCUCCUCAGUGGUAGUUGUGCAUCAGUCAGAACUGUGAGGUGAGCACUGCUGCAUCCCUUUUAGUCUGUGGUGACCCUGGGUCCUCUCGUCGCUAGGAGGCUGGAUCGUCAGACAGCUUAGAAAGGAACUCGAAAAAGAUUACUGCUCUUUCUUCCUUAUUCCUUUGAGAAGUGACUCCUUCAACACUUUCCAUGUAGCAAUUUAUAAUAAUUCACCCCAUUUACUAAAAAGGGAGGAACUUCCAGGAAGAAGAAUGCCUUUGACAUUCUGACCAUUAGAUCAGGGGAUUGAAUCUGCUUAAACGAAGGGGACAGAGGAUGAGAGAAGGAUGGGGGUGAAGCUGUGGCAGUGGUGAUGGGUUACUUACUGAGCAUCCCUGUACCAACUGCAUCUGGGGUCCCCACGACCACCCUCAGGUUCGCUAGGAGGACUCACGAGACUCAGUACAUAGUAGUACUCAUUGCUUUAUUAUAGGGGAAGGAUACAAAGACAGAUCAGAAAAGAGAAGAAGCACCUGGGGCAGAGUACAGGGGAAACCAGGCCUAAGCUUCUGGAGCCCUCUCCCAGUGGGAUCACACAGGACGUGCUUAAUUCUUCUAGCAACGAUUUCCGACAAUAGGUGUGAAAUGUCCACCAAGGAAGCUCAUUAGAGACUCAGUGCCCAAGGUUUUUAUUGGGGGCUGGUCAUGUAGGCAGCCUUUGCCUGGUGGGUAGCAAAAUUCCUGACUCCCAACAGGAAAGCAGGUAUUCAGCAUAAACCAUAUUUGCACAAACAGUUUAGGCACAGUGAGCCAGUCUUAUCAGUUAAGGGUGGGAGCUCUCCCGAAAUCUAAGCUCCCAGAUGCCAGCCAAGGGCCAGCCUUGCAAGCAGCCUUUCCAAGGAGAGCAGUUCAGUCCUGCCAUGUUAACUCUUUCUGCACAAAAACCAUAGAGCCAGGGCUUUGGAUGAGAGAUGAAUGAGGUGUGGGCAGAUUUACCGAGUCCUGUUGUACGGGUUCUGCCCAACCAGGAAAACCAUGCCAGUUCUCAGGGCUUUGUGCAUUAAUCUCGUAGGCAUGAGAGGCUGUGACUAAAUUCCAUAGGGAUUUACCCUGUGGAUUCCACUGAGCUUGAGAUGACAGUUCAGGUUUCAGCUCUGCUGUGCACACUGCAGGCUAGACCCAGAGAACCAAAGUGUGUCCUGGCCUCAGGGGGAUGAGGCUAAUUUUUUUGCAUUUCGGAUACAUUCCCUUUUAGUCCUCUUACAACUUUUUCUUUUUCUCGGAAAAAGGUGCCAGUGUCUAUGGACAGAAUGUUAUGACAAGGCCAGUCUUGGAAGGAAAAAAUAUUUUUUAGUGUGAUAGUCUCUAAUCUCACCUAGGAAAAGCAAGAGUGUAAGCACAGAACAAGGGGAUAGGAAUCAAGAAUUCCUGGGCUCUUUUAACUAAUAUUGCUACUCACUUGCCAGAUCAUUUGGGCAGGUCGCUUGUUUACUCUAUGCCUCAGUUUAAACCCUGUUGUGAAUGAAUGAAAUACCCCAUUGUGUAUUUCAUAGAGACAAUAUGUGGCAUUUUAUUAAGGGAGGUCUUUAACGUAGGGCUUUUAUGAAAAAAUGAAGUAUUUAUUUAUUUAUAUAUUUGUUGUUUACUUAUUUAUUUGACUAUGUUAUUGAGGCCCAUGGUGACUGAUUAGCUCAGUUGGUGAGCCAGUGUAUGGGGUUCUUGAAGUCAAGGCUGAAGGUCAGUAGGAAGUGUGAGCCCAUCCUAUGGUGACUGGUAAUCCCAACCUAAUGAGUGGUCUUGAAAAUGGAUAUCAUUGGCCAGGCAUGACGGAGUGGUUGGAACCACGUAAAGUCAUCAUUGCUCUGGGAAAAGCAACUUGAAAAGGCAUGUUGACAGUGAGUCUUCUCAAAUGACUGUCAUUUGGUUAAAGAGUUUUGCUGGCCAUGGAAAUAAUCUGACGGUAGCAUCUCUAUCUCUUUUUGUCUACGAUCAGUAUCCCUAAAAUGCUGGUUAGGUUCCUUCCAACAAAUUUGUGGUCAAAGUAGGAUGCCGGGGAGUGCUGAUUUUAGCAAAAGCCUAGUAAAAAAGAGUGGCUUGGCGCAUGAGCUUAAAAAAAAAAAAAAAAGAAAAAGGAAAAGCUGGCUCUUGAAUUUGGGCACAGGGUAACCUGUUCCAUACCAGCCAAAUGAAUAGGCUUAAUCUGGUACCAAUUCUUUCUCCCUACUCUUCAGAAAUGAAGGGAUUGCAGAUCUUGCUGUUGUGGGGUACUCUCAUGGGAAUGUAUGUAGUUUUUUUGAAUUUUGAGAAACCUAAAUAAUGCUAAGGGAAAGAGAUUUCCUCAUUUCAGCUAUUCUUGAUGUUGCAGCUAAUACCUAUGAAGGAAACUCUCUGAGGGAGAAAUGAGAAAUAAAGAUGACUCAGCAGUUAAGAUGCUGAGUUUUUACAUCACAGGUAAAUGAAGGGCUAAUUCACUUGUGUGGUCAGACCAAGUGCAGGACUCAUUUGCAUUUGGAUUACUAUGUAAUAAUUACUAACACUGCUCAAGAAGGAUUUAUAUUUCAGUAAGAUUUGUACUAAAUUUUAUAAAAAUAAACAACUUUUUAUCAACCCAGA